CUCUCGUCUCUCUCCUUAACCCGUUUUUCCCCUGUGGCUCCGGUUUGCUUGCUUGCCCCACCUGCAGAAGUCGCCGAGGAAGAAGUCCAAGAAGAAGCCGAAGACGAUUACCAAGAUGAGUAUGAAGAGGAAAAGCCAAGGCCAAAGUUAACAGCUCCGAAGAUCCCGGAAGGGGAGAAGGUGGAUUUCGAUGACAUCCAGAAGAAAAGGCAGAACAAGGAUCUGAUGGAGCUCCAGGCCCUCAUCGACAACCACUUCGAAGGCAGGAAGAAGGAGGAGGAGGAGCUGAUCGCCCUCAAGGAGAGAAUUGAGAAGCGCAGAGCCGAGAGGGCUGACCAGCAGAGAAUCCGGGCGGAGAAGGAGAAGGAACGCCAGAACAGGCUGGCGGAGGAGAAAGCCCGGCGUGAGGAAGAGGAUGCCAAGCGGAGAGCUGAGGAUGACCUGAAGAAGAAGAAGGCUCUGUCCUCCAUGGGCGCUUCCUACAGCAGUUACCUGGCCAAGGCCGACCAGAAGAGAGGGAAGAAGCAGACAGCCCGCGAGAUGAAGAAGAAGGUGCUGGCGGAGAGGAGGAAGCCCCUCAACAUCGAUCAUCUCGGCGACGACAAACUGAGAGAUAAGGCUAGGGAGCUGUGGGAAUCCCUGCACCAGCUGGAGACUGACAAGUUCGAGUUUGGGGAGAAGCUGAAGAGGCAGAAAUACGAGAUCACAACCCUCAGGAACCGGAUCGACCAGGCCCAGAAGCACAGCAAGAAGGCCGGAGCCAAAGGCAAGGUUGGAGGCCGCUGGAAGUGAACGCACAGAUGGCUGCGUCCAGGCUGACUCCCGGGGGCAGAAACCUCUUCCCCAGCCCCUUCCCCUCCCCGCCAGCCCCUGCCCGUGGGCACCUACAGAGCCCCUCGCCAGCCGAGAGACGGAAGCGAGCCCCCCGGGGGACCCCUACCCAGAAUAUCUGUGCUUAGGGACCCCAGGACCCCCCAUGCUUCGGCCCCCGAACCCCUCCGUGGUGUUUGUAAAUAAAAGCGUGU